UGCGUAGAAGGUUAAACCUAACAGUAGAGGGCUUAUCUUACGGCGCGGUGCCAUGACGGAGGACAUUGGAAUUUGCGAUUUAACAGUGGUGUCCUUACAGGACAAUGAGCCAGAGGCCGAAAUGGAAGACGGAGAGACUGCUACCGACCAUCCGAUGAAAACAAAUUCCAAACUGCCCGAGGAAACUAGCAACUGUUCUUUCAGUGAAAGUAUGGACAGCUUUGACGGCAGUGGAAACUCUGUUAUCUCAACAUCUACAAACAAUCCAAAGUCCGAUUCAAAUCCCUCUUCACUGAAGGUCUGUGCCGUGCACGAUACCGAGCUGGACUGGUUCUGCGGUUCCGAAGGAAAGCUCAUAUGUUCUCACUGCGCCAUUGUUGGACCAUGUCAGGGUCACACAGUGACACCACUCGGCACUCAAGUAACAGCAGUAAGGAAUCAACUAGUGGACGUCUGCGAGAAGAUGCAGCUGCAGACUUUGCGGAUUGAGCGCUUCAUCAACCAAACAUUAUCUGCCAAAGAGAAAGCUGUGCAGGUGGAUGCGAGCGUGGCGCGGGAGCGCGUGCUGUCCCAGGUGAGCGUGGUGCGGGAGGCCCUGGAGGAGGAGGAGCAGCGCCUCCUGGAGGCGGUGCAGAGGGAGCAGGAGCGUGUGGAGCAGUGCCUCCUCACGCAGCGCGCACACUGGACCCAGGCGCUCGACACCCUCGCUCAAACGCGCGCCAACCUAGUGCACACGCUCACGCACUCGCACGACGCGCAGCUGGUGACAUCCAGUCAAGACAUUUCGGAGAGGGUGGAAGAGGCAGAGGGCGUGGGUGAGCCGCGUGACUCGGAGCAGCUGAACCUGAGUGCAGACUGCACUGACAGCAGCCUGAUGCAGGGUCUCUGGGCCAGCGCCGUACUGCUGGGGCCCUCAGCUCACGGGCCGGCUAACCUGCGUUUCCAGGAGCGCUCGGUGAGCUCUAUGCUCUCCCUGUCCGCCGACGAGUGCACGCUCACCUUCCUGCCCAAGCGUUCCCGCCACUCGCCCCCGUACGACCCGGCACGCUUCGACUGCUGGCCCAACGCCCUGGGCACCCUGGCCAUCUCCUCGGGCACACACAGCUGGGUACUGGAUGUGGGGCAGAGUGCCGCCUAUAAGAUAGGGGUGUGCUACGCCAGCAUGGACCGUAAGGGCUCGGGCAACGGGGCGCGCCUGGGCUACAACGAUCGCUCCUGGGUGCUGUCCCACUACGAGGGCGACUUCACCUUCUGCCACGCGGGCCGCCACACGCCGCUGCAGGUGAUCCGGCGUCCGCGCCACGUGGGGGUGCUGGUGGACUGGCCCAGCCAGACCAUCCUGCUCUACGACCCGGACUCCUACUGUGUGCUGCACUCCGCCACACACCCCUUCAGCGCCCCCUUGCUGCCGGCCUGUGCGGUGGCCGACCGCAGUGUCACGCUGCUGCACUGAGCACAGGACAGCAUGCAAGUGGGACAGCAGCAAGGGGUUCUUCCCAUCACCCCAACUCCCAUCCUCCCUUGUGCUUGAGGCCUUGAGAUGAUAUCCCAAAAUUCAAUAUAUCGCAAAAGCACAAUUCAAAGGACAUUUUCUCAUCUGCAAUGGGCAUGUUGAAUGGGCAGAAGUCCCCCAAAAGUUGUGUCUAGGCUGACAGCGGGGAAAUGUUAUAGUUUCCUCCACGGAGGCGGAGCGUCAGCGAAGCACAAGGCCACAAGCACAGGUGGAGGAUGGGAGUUAGGAUAAUGGGAUGCACCCAAGGAUGCAAGUGCACCGUGGGGCAGUGUACAAGGUGGAGGAUGGGAGUUAGGAUAAUGGGAUGCACCCAAGGAUGCAAGUGCACCGUGGGGCAGUGUACAAGGUGGAGGAUGGGAGUUAGGAUAAUGGGAUGCACCCAAGUAUGCAAGUGCACCGUGGGGCAGUGUACAAGGUGGAGGACGGGAGUCAGGAUAAUGGGAUGUACCCAAGGAUGCAAGUGCACCGUGGGGCAGUGUACAAGGUGGAGGAUGGGAGUUUGGAUAAUGGGAUGCACCCAAGGAUGCAAGUGCACCGUGGGGCAGUGUACAAGGUGGAGGAUGGGAGUUUGGAUAAUGGGAUGCACCCAAGUAUGCAAGUGCACCGUGGGGCAGCAUACAAGUGGGACAGCCAGGGCUGCUGGACAGUUCUCUAGCUUGGUGAUCCACCUCAUUACCAUGCCCAUUAACACCAACCAUUUCAAUGUUUUUAAUUAGGUGGCUAGAAGGGACAACCAGAGCUGCUGGACAGUCCUAGCCUGGCUACUGCUACUACAGUUAGUCCAACCUUCUAGUCUGGCCGGGCUGUGGUGAUUUCAGACUUCCAAGGAGGCGGGCUUAACCCUUGUGUAUUAAAUGCUUCUGAAACUCCAAUCAAUCAGGCCACUCUUCCCUCUUACUACUAGCAGGGUCAAAGACAGAGCUAGAACAUCCUUGCCUUGAACACGUCCCAAUGAACCAUUGGAAAGGCUCAGUUUUUCUGGCUCCUUUUACUGGGAAUUCUUUAAAUAUUAGUGAUCUUGGCCUGACUGAAGUAUAAACUGCAGUAAUUACACAAAUACUGAAACUGAGAAACAUGCCUCCAGAGGUGUCAUUACGCCAGCACGCUGCAUCUUAGAAAGACACAAGAGAUUUAUUCAGAAGACAAAGGAGGUGCUAUUAAGAUUAAUACAAAAAUAAAAUAAAAUUUCUGUUUUAA